AUGUCAACCUCAGCUCGGCGGCGUCUCAUGCGCGACUUCAAGCGUAUGCAGACAGACCCUCCUGCUGGUGUAUCUGCGUCGCCCAUUGCAGACAAUGUGAUGACAUGGAACGCAGUGAUUAUCGGUCCUGCAGAUACUCCGUUCGAAGAUGGCACGUUCCGUCUGGUGAUGCAUUUCGAAGAACAGUAUCCGAACAAGCCGCCGGGAGUCAAAUUCAUAAGUCAGAUGUUUCACCCCAAUGUCUACGGCACUGGAGAACUGUGUCUCGACAUCUUACAGAACAGAUGGAGCCCUACUUAUGAUGUUGCUGCCAUCCUGACUAGCAUUCAAAGCCUUCUCAACGAUCCGAACACUUCCUCACCUGCGAAUGUCGAAGCCUCAAAUCUAUACAAGGACAACCGACGGGAGUACAUGAAGAAGGUCAAGGAGACCGUCGAAAAAAGUUGGGAAGAUUAA